AUGCCUCCAGAUCUCGUCCGCGCUCACUCGCAGGGCAGUGUAGUGUCCCAGACCACACAAAUUGCCCCUCAGAGCCGACCAGGGACUGCAGACCCUAUACGAGCACGCUCGGAGGCUGUCUCGCGGGCUAGCCGCCGUCCUCGGUCCAGAGGCUCGACUGCAAGCAUUCACUCAAGCACCACCCAACAAACGCAGGAUCAGCACCUUGACGGAUUCCCCCAGUUAAUCACCUCGCAAGCCGGAACCGGUCAACACGUGUUCAAUAAUCCGGAGGACAUGCUCAUGCGAUUCGGGCAUCAGCUGUCACAUCAGCCAAGCGCUGCACCAUUAGAUCAAUCGAUCCAAGACACCGUGAUGUCUCGAGCGGACGACUUUCCAAAUCACCCAAUGCACAGCCACACGGUAUCCCAUCACUCAAUACAGUCGGACAUUCCAAAUGGUCUUCCAGGUGUUUCCGUCCCUCAAUAUCAGCCGAUAUAUGAUAGUGGUGUGGAGAAUCAUCUGCCUGAUCACAUCGUCGAAGAUCAAGAGCCAUCGGGACAGGUUGGGAAAAAGAAACGGGGAGCUAGCUCGACUAUCGCAAAUGACAACGAGUUGCGAAAGCUGCUCCGCCAGUUUGAGGGUUGGACUCUCAAGCAAAUGGCGGCCGAAGUUAUGAAAAAUGAGGGUGCUGGGGGCAAGGCCGAGAAAGUGAAGCAGGUCUUCGCGAUGAUCUGGCUGAGAGAAAAUUGCCGCAAGAGUAGCGGCUCAGUGCGUCGCGAUCGAGUUUACUGCUGUUAUGCAGAGAAUUGUGGCACGGAACGAGUUUCAGUAUUGAACCCGGCGUCCUUCGGGAAGUUGGUUCGUAUCAUCUUCCCUAACGUGCAGACCCGGCGUCUUGGAGUCCGUGGCGAAUCAAAAUACCACUAUGUCGAUCUGUCGGUUAUCGAGGAAAAGCAACUAAAGCUUGCGCCGCUCAAUCCACAAGUUGUCCAGCAUCCAAAUGGUCCGGUUUCCAUACCGUCCAGGCCGGCCAGUGCCAUACGCUCUCGAAGCACCAGCAUACAUCAACCGACUGCCGACACUGCGGUGUUCCCCUCUCCUACAACAUCCUUUGCUCCUCGGUUCCCGAACAGUCAAUCCCCUUCAGACUGUAAUUGUCAAGGCACCACCGCAUCCCACCCAGAUGCAACGAUCACCCGCGAGAAUGUGGCCCAGCAGGCUGGGAAGAUGAUCCACCAGAUGCUCCAGUUCCCAAUGGAUGAGCAUCCUUUGGUUGAUAACGAGACUCUUCAACUUCCUGACAUCCGAGGCUAUUUGCCAGUAAACACGGAUUUGAAAGUUGCAGCAGCUCUCGCAGCUCUAUAUCGUUCCCACUGUAUCUCGGUCAUCGACAGUUUCCGGUACUGCAAGGAAAGAAAUCUCAUGAAGUAUUUCUCUGCAUUCCAUGGAACAUUGACUGUUCCUGUUCAAAAGUUGCUGACCCACCCCAAUCUCGCUCCCUGGAUCAAGGAAUGUGAUUGGAUGAUGUACCAGAAGAUGAUUGCAUUUGUGGCACCUUUGACAACCCAGGUGGUCCCUAAGCCUGUUUUAGAUGCUUUCAACUCCAUUUCACAACGGCUUUGCGGGCACAUCACCGAGACCUUCAAGACCCAACCCACCCACGUUUCCCUGGCACGCUUGAUCCCUGCACAUAUCUUCUGUAAUCUGCUCAAGCACAUGCUUGAUGUGAAUCAAGCUGCCAAUGCUGCUGCUGCCUGGCUUUGCCAUCCCGAUAACCGGAACCAGAUGUGGACCGACUUCAAAACCAUGGUCAACCCUAGGGAUAUGAUGACCAAGGCAAACAUUCCCACUUGUGCUGAACCAGCGACCGAGCAAAUUCUUAAGCAUGACAUACGUGCUCUCUUGACUCCGUUGACGGAUGCCGACCCCUCAGCUAGCUUAUCCUUUUUCACUACACCUGAUACCGCCGAUUCUGCUGCCGCUCAUCAGUUCCCGGUGGAGAAUGCGCCGGGAGACGAGUACAACUUCCCUGACAAAUGGGUCCAAUUUAUCCUCAAUAUUCCUGCUGCAUUUGCCAACCAUCGCACCCAAUGCGUUAUUGAGAAAGUUGAUGCCUUGUGGGAUAGCGUAUUGCACAGACUCACCCUGGCUGGUGCCCCUAGCUUCAGUGCAUGGUGGAUGACAAAAGUCUUCUUCCAUGAAAUGAUGGUUUGGCAAGCCGAGAAGGGCGGUUUCAUGCGCAACACUCCCGGAUCAUUGCAAAAUGCAACGUUUGGCUCGGAAUCCCUCGGCAAAUUCCAGAUGAGAGCGGCAUCUACUUCUGAGGCAUCCCCAUUCAAUGUGUCAAAUGAUUCCCAAACCAAACCCAAUCGUAGCCCUCCCGUGGUUCACAACGACCAUCACGCUCAAACCACAAGCCAACACCCAGACUUCAAACAUCCCUCAAGUGAGAAGCGGCUAUCCCUUCAAGAGGCAGCCUUUCAAGCCCACAAUAAUGAUGACAGCGCCAUCGAUCUUGAGGAUGAUACAAUGUUGCUGGCGGUUGGUAAAUAUGAGAACAUGAUGGUCUCCGAUCCUGCAGACGCCGAGGGUGAUGUGGUGGUCAUCUAA